AUGAACUCCCUUGGGGAGGGGAAAGCAAGUAGAACAGGAGCUGGUGUAGCGAUCUGUAGUUUGCCUUGGUGUCCCCUCCUAGGCAGCAGCAGGACCAAGGGUUUGCAGAGCACCCUGGCAGGACCAUGACACACACACACUGGGGCCACAGCGGACAACCUUUCACCAGGGGCAAAAAGUAGCUUCCCUGCCCAGGCGCUGAACGCACCAGCAGCUGCAGCAGCAGCAGCCAGGGGCAGAGGAGAAGGGAGGCGAUGGCCGUGCAAGCUGCUAUCCUCAACCCCCAUCACUUCAUCCCCUUCUGCUUCCCUGGCUCCGGGGGCCUGGCGGACUAUGUUGACCUUGAGAAGAGCUACGAGGACCGGGGAGCCGCUCUCCUGGGAGGAGGAGGCGUGGGGGGAGGAGAAGACCCAGGGGAUUUUAAAGAAGCCACCAGGGACCUGCUGAGCUUCAUAGACUCGGCGUCCAGCAACAUCAAGCUGGCGCUGGACAAGCCGGUCAAGUCCAAGAGGAAAGUGAACCACAGGAAGUACCUGCAGAAGCAGAUCAAGCGCUGCACGGGCAUCCUCGCCUCCGCCCCUGCAGCGCCAGCCCCGGCCGGGGGCCAGGAGCUGCCCAAGCGGCCGGCCCCGCCGGCAGGGGCCGCCUCGCCCCAGCCCUCCUGCCCGCCCGGCCCCGCCGGCCAUUGCAAGCCCCCUGCCAAGCGGGAGGCCUCGCAGGCGGCCAGCAGCCUGCAGAGCAAGAGCCUGGCCGCCCUCUUCGACUCCCUGCACCAGGGCCGGGCGGGCGAGAAGGGCCCGGCCGGCGGGGGCGGCAGCGGCGGGGGCGGCCCCCGCAAGGUGCCGCUGCGGAACCGCAACCUGCCGCCUUCGUUCUUCACCGAGCCGGUGGCGCCGCCGCCCCGCGCCCCGCCGCUCAGCGCCAGCCCCCAGGCGCCGGAGCGGGGCGGCGGCGGCAGCCCGGAGGCGGCGGACUUCUUCGAGCUGCUGGGGCCCGACUACGGCGGCCUCCUCCCGGAGCAGCCCCCCGCGCCGGAGGGUUUCCCGGCCCGCCUGGCCCCGGAGCUGGGCCUGGAGCCCGCCCUAUACGAGCCCCACCUCCCGCCGCUGCCCCCGCACCUGCUCGGGGGGCUGCUCUACCCCGAGCCCGCCUGGAGCCCCCCCGCCAAGAAGAGCCCCCCGGCGGCGGCGGCUUCCUGCAGCAGCUUGAGCUUGCCUGCCCUGGGGGCCCCGGGAGCGCCCAUCUACCCGGCCAGCUCGGACCCGGCCCCCGCGGGAGGCGAGGAGAGCCCAGCCCAGCUGGCCGCCGCCUUCGCGCCCUACUUCCCUGACUGCCCCCUCCCGCCUCCUCCCCCCAUGCCUUACGAGUACAGCGCCGCGUACAACAGGGUGGCCUAUUCCGGCCUCUAGGGGAGGCUUGGGGUGGAAGGCAGGGCCGUAGGCUGCUUGUAACGGACCAGCUGGCAAAAAGCCCAGAUCACUUUAAUUCCCCUCCCUUUACACUGUUUGACUUAGGACAAUAAACUCAGAAAGAAAACAGGAGGGGAGGAGGGGGGCGCUGUGGAAUGGGGAUCGUUCCCACUUAGCCCUUAAUCCUGGGGCUGGGUUAGACCUGAUGAUUGCCAGCCUGAGGGGUUUCUGUCCAUAGCCAGAGUGUUUUGGUUUGGUUACUAGUCCUGAUUCUUCUCUCCUAUACACCAAUGUGACUCCAUUGAUGUCAGUACAGUCAAGGGCCUGAUCCAAAGUCAAUGGGAGUCUUUUCACUAACUUCAGGGGGCUUUGGGCCAGACACUAGUGCCACAGAGAAAAAGGUCAAGCUCUUUAGCUGCAGUAAAUUUAGGGCCAGAUUUUGCCAUAGAGCAUAAUACCUGACUCUGCUAGUAGUCCCACUGAAAAUAAUGCGACUGUUUUGUAAGAGUGGCAGAAUCUGGCCUUUAGGUUUUUAUUUGCCUUCACAUUCUGAACAGUCUCCCCUCUCCUUGUUUGGGUUCUAUCACUGCACAUAAUAAAAAUGUAAGCUAUUUUAUUCUUUCAGGUGUUUUUAUAGCGCACAGUAACUACAUGUUAGCAUUUAUUAGAGAUAUGUUUUUAUUUUACUAUAGGCAAAUGCAAUUGAUUUACAUGUCUUAUGUUACAUUGCAACGGGGGCUACUUUUUCUUUAAAGCAGCCGUGACCAAUUGUAAGUGACUUGAGUUUAAAAGUAAAACUCAGUUGGCUCUUACAGUGUAUUUAAAAUCUUGUCCCACACUUGUGUGCGUCAUAAGUGCUGGCAGAUUUUCAACAGAGGACACAAACAAGUGCAAAAAAUAAUU